GCAUGACGGCGCUGGCCUCGAGAUGCGACGAGACCACCACACUCUUGUUGUUGUUGUUAUUAGAACUGGCACCGAGUGCAAGGUGUCAUCCAAGUUCCCCGAUAGGGGCGACAUCGGAAGAAACUUCCACGAGCGGCGAUGGUACAUCCUCGUCGACUUCUUCAUCGUCAACUUCUUCAUCGUCAUCUUCUUCGUCAUCCUCGUCCUCGUCUUCAUCGUCAACAUCUUCUUCUUCUUCUUCUUCUUCAUCUUCAACAUCUUCAUCGUCUUCUUCCUCUUCUUCUUCUUCUUCAUCGUCAAGAAUUACGAUUGCGAGUACAUCAUCGUCUUACGACGAAAUUUUAACGUUAUCAACGAGAUAGCAUUCGCAGAAGACGGCGUGGGUGAAAGAAGUUAUGAUCCCGCCAGUCUUCGGCAACAUUAUGUCUAACGAGGACGCCGUUAGCUCGGCAACGGCGUCAACGAGGAGCAUAUUCGAGGAGAACAUGACGUGGUAUAGUUCUACAACGGUUCCCGGGACAACAACUUCAUCAUUUUCUACGAUAAACGUGGAUAACGUGGAAGAAGAGGAUAGAACGGAAAUUAAUUUAACAAGUCUUACCGAUUUUGCCGUCGGUUGGACCAGCGAUUGGAACAACGACACCACAGAAACUACUAUUGAAGAUAAUAAUAAUAAUAGUAGUAGUAGUAAUAGUAGUAGAAGGAGGAUUGGCGGAAAAAUCGUGUCAUCGGAAGAGAACGGUACUUUGAACGAUCCGAUUGAGAGGAUCGGCGAACAGCCGAGAGGAGGAGGAGAAGGAGGAGGUGGAGGUGGAGGAGGAGGUGGAAGAGAAAAUCCCCUCGGCUGUGGCUGCGACAUAGAAGAUUCUUCAUUCAUUUCAAGUAUCUCAAAUAGAAGUACGUUUGAGAUCUUCACAGGUGGUUCCAGCCUUGGCGUCGAUCUUCUAUUUGGUAUAACCUCAGACACGAUGGAAGAAGACUUUGCCGAUUCAUACUCGAACGAUUCCAUAUUUAACGGGAGUAUGCAAUAUCCAUUUAAUAAUAAUAAUAAUAAUAAUGAUAGCAACAACGAGACAUUGAUCGUUUACGGUGAUAGUAUGUAUCCAUCCGGAUAUACAUUGCCGCAUAUCAUUUUGGCAUCUAUCAUUGCCACAUUACUGAUGAUAAUCAUCGUAGUUGGUAAUAUGUUAGUGAUAAUAGCUAUUGCUACGGAAAAGGCAUUGAAAAAUAUUCAAAACUGGUUUAUAGCCAGUUUAGCUGUUGCCGAUUUUUUCUUGGGUCUCAUUAUAAUGCCAUUUUCAUUAGCUAACGAGAUUAUGGGUUAUUGGAUUUUUGGGUAUUGGUGGUGCGACAUUUAUUCGGCGAUGGAUGUACUACUUUGUACGGCUAGCAUCAUGAACCUAUGCCUGAUAAGUCUUGAUAGGUUCUGGAGCAUUACACAAGCUGUUGAUUAUCUGAAGAAAAGAACACCGGCCAGGGCGGCACUUAUGAUUGCCCUCGUCUGGCUAUUAUCCGCCCUUGUUUGUAUACCCCCGUUGCUCGGUUGGAAAAGGCCAUCCCCGGAGGAGGAUUAUCCAAAAUGCAAGUUGUCGGAGGAUAUUGGUUACGUAUUAUACUCGGCACUCGGGAGUUUCUACAUUCCCUCUUGCAUCAUGGUGUUCGUAUACAUUCGCAUUUAUUUCGCAGCGAAAGCUAGAGCACGUCGUGGAAUAAGAAAACCACCACGACCACGUCCAAUAGCGGUACCACCAGAAUCCCCCGAUAUCAGACAGACGAGUUUCACACAGAGUACUACGGCACUGGAUUCUAGAAGAACAGGGCCAGGUGGUGCCGGGGGUAGUUCUGGAACACUCAUGGAAAAUGUCGCGACUAUAGAAAAUCAACCUGUCCAAAUACCAAUAGUAACCUGCGAUUAUGCCAGUGACGUGAGCACGUCCGAGGCGGACCCAGCUGGUGGGAACAGCAUACCAAUGGAGGAAAAAGACACCUUAAAGGUAACGAUACCCGUGCCAGUUCAAAAGACCAACCUGAAAGCAAGUUUGUCGGUGAACGGGGACGGUCAAUCUAGUCAGGCAGUUGUUGCAAGAUGCAGAGCACCUAGCGUUGGCAUUGACACUGAUAUGGUAUCAGAAUUCGACCCUUCCUCAUCUGACAGUGGUGUCGUAUCAAGGUGUGCCGUUGUGAAACCAUUAAAGUUACGACUUUGUCAGCCGAUUUUUGGUCGGAAAGCUACCGGUAAGGUCAAGAGGGAACACGCUGAUACGUCUAAGCAACAAGGAAAAGAAGAAAUCAUGAUAGAUGCUAAAUCGUCCAAACCACGUGAUCCCGAAAGAGAAAAAAAACGCAUUGCCAGGAAAAAAGAGAAACGAGCAACCCUAAUCUUAGGAUUCAUCAUGGGCAGCUUUAUUGCUUGCUGGUUACCUUUUUUCCUUCUUUACAUCGUUAAACCCCUCUUCCCUAAUCUCAAUAUACCAACCCAAGCAUUCGUCAUUGCCUUUUGGCUUGGUUACAUGAACUCAGCAUUGAAUCCUUUUAUCUAUACCGUUUUCAACAAGGACUUCCGUCGGGCAUUCCGUCGUAUACUUUUCAAAUGAAAGACAGCUUCUCUCCGUGAGGAUAACAAAUAACAAAACGCCACGGAUUCGAGACGAUGAUUUAUAUAUAUAUAUGCAUAUGUAUGUUUCAUCUAUGAUAUAAUCCAUCCUUUAAAUGAUCUUAACUAUUUUAGAAAGAUCUAAGGAAAAUCGAAUACAUCAAAUUCGAUUUACAUUAACGAAUCUCGAAAAAUGAAGCGUGAAAAACCUUCGGAGAGAGAGAGAGAGAGAGAGAGAUAGAGAGAGAAAUGCGAAUGGAAUGAACGAGAUAAAAUUUAGUCUUGUUGACUAAUAAAACAAUCAAAUAUCAAGGAGAUGAUCUUUGUUAGAAAAAUCAGUAUCCCUUAUAUAUCCCAAGAGAACACAUGGAAUUUAUUGACUCGCUCAUCUCGAAUAAAAAUAGUAAGUACUUUUUUUGUUUGUUUUUUUUCUCUUUCUUAGUAUCGAUAAAUAAUGAUCCAAAAGUUUUGCACGUAUUCGAUUUAGGAACAAUGAUCGGGCGUGAAUACGAUGAACGAGACUAAUGCAACCAAAGUUACGCUAUAUCAGAGAACCAAGUCAGAGAGAGAUAUUAGGGGUAAUUAUUUCGAAUUAUUUUCAUCAAUUUCCAGUGGAACGUACUGUCGAACAAAAAACCUUACACACAUGACGAAACAAAGAAAAAUUUGUUAAACUUAUUAAAAGUACGAUUAAUAUUUUGACGUGUUAAUAUAAGUAAGUUUAACUUUUUCCUUCUUCUAAUUUAUCCUUCUCAUUAAAACUUUGUUUCUUGCCAAUUUUCACAUUCAUUUUUGACAAUCCUUUUAUUGGCUUUGUUAAAACCAAUUUGUCACGUAUAAAUUAACGAUAUUAAAGAUAAUUUUUUAUAAUUUCUUAUCAAUAAUAACAUUCAAUGUAAAUAUUCGUGAAAUCUAAGUAGUUUACAGUUUUCAUUGACACCCGGUAUACCUACCGUUUUUUUUUCUUUUUUUUUUUUUUUUGACAACCCUCGGAAUAUUUGAAAAGUUGAGGUAAAAUAACUCGUGUCAAGAUUCGACGGAUCGUCGAAUAAUGGAGAUUGGUUGUAAAAAAAUAAGAAAAAAAAAUGAAAAGUGUCAAUAUGGAUUUCAUUGAUAAGAUUCUGGCACAUUUGGAUUAUUAUUAGCAUAGACGAGUUUCGAUGCAACAUCU